AUGCCUUUUAUCAAGUUCCUCCUUGCCGCGGCCCUGGCCACUUGCGCCGCGGCGCAGACCUCCACCACCACCACUGCCUCUGCCACCGAUUCCACCACAGUCAUCUCCAUCUUCCACGGCGGUGCCACCCCAACCGAAACGACCAAGCCAAACACCAGCCUCGAGGCCAGCGUCAUCACAGCGCACUCCGGCACCACCAUCCUCGAAGUCGGCUGCAAGGGCAACUGCGAGAGCACCUCCUACACCGUCUCCCAGGGCCCCUCCACCUACCAGCAGAGCAUCUCCCAGAACUUGACCAAGUCCGUCAAGGCCUGCAAGAUCACCUCCUCCACCAAGAGCGCUGUCUGCACCGACCGCACUACCUACAGCAUCGGUGGCACGGAGACUUCGUCUGUUCGGAGCACCUCCACCUCCUACGAUUCGAAGAGCAUCACCUACCAGCCUGUUACCGUUACUGCUGGUGUUGAGAAGCUGAAGAAACCCGAGGCUACUCAUACUACCGAUUCUGGUGCUGGGCGUGUCGGCAUGGGAGGCGCUGCUGUCGUCGCUGCUGCUGCUGCUGCUCAUUUGAUUUAA